GAACCAGACUGGCGGAGUCUUGGGUAGGAAAGGCCAUCACCUGUUGGGGCCUCCCAGCAAGAGAAGCACGAGGACACCAGGCGGGGACAGCCUCAGGAGCACGCCCCCAAUCCUAGGGGACCUGGCUGGCGGGGGACCGGCAGACCCGGGACAGAGCGAGGGAGGCCCCGGCGCUGGAAUGCAGUUUCCUCGGGCGAGGGAGACUUUGCACUGGACUGGAAAAUAGUUUGGGGUGGGGUUUCGCACGGUCCCCUCCUCCCCACCCCCGGCCCCCUUCCAGGCGCUUUCUGGGAGCUUUAAGAACUGCGCUCUGAAGUUUCACGAGAGCCCGGAGCCUGAGCCGCAGGCAGGGACAAUGGAAGAAAACGAAAGCCAGAAAUGUGAGCCGAGCCUUCCUUACUCAGCAGACAGCAGACAGAUGCAGGAACAAGGAAAAAGCAAUCUGCAUGUAACAUCAGUAGAAGAUGCAGAAUGCCGCAGAACCAAGGAGCGCCUCUCUAAUGGAAGCAACCGUACUUCAGUUUCCAAGUCUUCCCGAAACAUCCCAAGGAGACACACUCUAGGGGGGCCCCGAAGUUCCAAAGAAAUACUGGGAAUGCAAACAUCRGAGAUGGAUAGAAAGAGAGAAGCUUUCCUGGAACACCUAAAGCAGAAAUACCCCCAUCAUGCCACAGCGAUCAUGGGCCACCAAGAAAGGCUGAGAGACCAGACAAGAAGUCCCAAACUGUCUCACAGUCCUCAGCCUCCCAGUUUGAGUGACCCAGUCGAGCAUUUAUCAGAGACGUCCGGUGAUUCUUUGGAAGCCAUGUCUGAGGGGGAGGCGCCAAGUCCCUUUUCCAGAGGCAGCCGAACUCGUGCAAGCCUUCCUGUGGUGAGGUCAACCAACCAGACGAAAGAAAGAUCUCUGGGGGUUCUCUAUCUCCAGUACGGAGAUGAAACCAAGCAGCUCAGGAUGCCGAAUGAAAUCACAAGUGCAGACACGAUCCGUGCUCUCUUUGUAAGUGCCUUUCCACAGCAGCUCACCAUGAAAAUGCUGGAGUCGCCCAGUGUCGCCAUUUACAUCAAAGAUGAAAGCAGAAAUGUCUAUUAUGAAUUAAAUGAUGUAAGGAACAUUCAGGACAGAUCCCUCCUCAAAGUGUACAACAAGGAUCCUUCACACGCAUUCAGUCACACACCAAAAACUGUGAAUGGAGACCUGAGGAUGCAGAGAGAAAUUGUUUAUGCAAGAGGAGAUGGCCCUGGUGCCUCUCGACCUGGAUCCACAGCUCAUCCACCCCAUGCAAUUCCCAAUUCUCCACCAUCCACUCCUGUGCCUCAUUCCAUGCCUCCCUCCCCAUCCAGAAUUCCUUAUGGGGGCACUCGCCCCAUGGUUGUUCCUGGCAAUGCCACCAUCCCCCGGGACAGACUCUCCAGCCUGCCGGUCUCCAGAUCCAUCUCACCAAGCCCAAGCGCCAUCUUAGAAAGAAGAGAUGUCAAGCCCGAUGAAGACAUGAGCAGCAAAAACAUCGCGAUGUACAGAAAUGAGGGUUUCUAUGCUGAUCCUUACCUCUAUCAUGAGGGAAGGAUGAGCAUAGCCUCAUCCCAUGGAGGGCACCCCCUGGAUGUCCCUGAUCACAUCAUUGCAUAUCACCGCACAGCGAUUCGGUCAGCGAGUGCUUAUUGUAACCCUUCCAUGCAAGCAGAAAUGCACAUGGAGCAAUCACUGUACAGACAGAAACCAAGGAAGUAUCCAGAUAGCCAUUUGCCUACUCUGGGCUCCAAAACACCCCCUGCCUCUCCUCACCGAGUCAGUGACCUGAGGAUGAUAGACAUGCAUGCUCAUCAUAAUGCUCACGGCCCCCCUCACACCAUGCAGCCAGACCGGGCCUCGCCAAGUCRUCAGUCCUUUAAAAAGGAACCAGGCACCUUGGUAUAUUUUGAAAAGCCCAGGAACACUCCAGGAUUAUCCGGCAUUGUGGACCUUGGCCCUCCUCUAGUUGAGAAGCAAGUUUUUGCCUACAGCACUGCUACAAUCCCCAAAGACAGAGAGACCAGAGAGAGGAUGCAAGCCAUGGAGAAGCAGAUUGCCAGUUUAACUGGCCUUGUUCAGUCUGCGCUUUUUAAAGGGCCCAUUACAAGUAGUAGCAAAGAUGCAUCUAGCGAGAAAAUGAUGAAAACAACAGCCAACAGGAACCACACAGAAAGUGCAGGAACUCCCCACAUUUCCGGAGGGAAGACUCUGGGCGCCCAAGAGGCCAUGGUGCCGCCCAGCCAGCCCCUGCCUACAGGCGCCUCGGCCAUCCACAUGAGCCUGCUGGAUAUGAAGCGAAGUGUGGCUGAACUCAAGCUCCAGCUCCAGCAGAUGAGACAACUCCAGCUGCAGAACCAGGAGCUGCUGAGGGCCAUGAUGAAGAAGGCUGAGCUGGAAAUCAGUAGCAAAGUUGUGGAAACURUGAAGAGGCUGGAGGAUCCCGUGCAGCGACAGCGCACCCUAGUGGAGCAAGAGAGACAAAAAUACCUCCACGAAGAGGAGAGGAUUGUCAAGAAGUUAUGUGAGCUGGAAGACUUUGUUGAAGACUUGAAGAAGGACUCUUCGUCCGCUGGCCGAGUGGUUACUCUCAAGGAUGUGGAAGAUGGGGCUUUCCUCCUAAGACAAGUGGGAGAAGCAGUAGCCACCCUGAAAGGAGAAUUUCCAACCUUACAAAACAAGAUGAGAGCCGUCUUGCGCAUAGAGGUCGAGGCUGUGCGGUUUCUGAAGGAGGAGCCACAUAAGCUGGACAGUCUCCUGAAACGUGUGCGCAGCAUGACAGACAUCCUGACCAUGUUGCGAAGACAUGUCACCGAUGGGCUCCUGAAGGGCACCGAUGCAGCCCAAGCCGCACAGUAUGUCGCUAUGGAAAAGGCCACAGCUGCCGAAGUCCUGAAGAACCAGGAGGAAGCAGCCCAUGGCCCCAGCCAGCCCUUCCAUGGCACGGGAGUCCCUGGCGAUGUGAAGUCGGAAGUGGUGCCUUUGUCUGGCAUGACCGUUCACCACGCGCAGAGCUCCCCUGUGGUCAUCCAGCCCUCCCAGCACUCCCUGGCCCUGCUGAACCCUGCCCAGAACUUGCCUGUGGGGACUGGUACCCACUCAGCCAACCCUCCUGCAGUUACACAGGAAGUAACCUCUGCACUACAGUCAGCUCCAGCCCCACAGUCCCCUCAGACGCCCACGAAUGGUUCCACCAUGCAGAGCUUGUUCAUUGAGGAAAUCCACAGUGUGAGUGCCAAGAACAGGGCAGUGUCCAUUGAGAAAGCAGAAAGGAAAUGGGAAGAGAAAAGGCAAAAUCUGGACCAUUAUAAUGGGAAAGAGUUUGAGAAGCUCCUGGAAGAAGCUCAGGCCAACAUCAUGAAGUCAAUUCCAAACCUGGAGAUGCCACCAGCCUCGGCCCCAUUGCCAAAGGGAGAUGCCCCCGUGGACAAGCUGGAACUCUCAGAAGACUCACCAAAUUCAGAACCAGACUUGGACAAGCUGGGGGGAAAAUCACCCCCUCCCCCUCCCCCACCUCCUCGGAGAAGUUACCUGCCUGGAUCGGGGCUCACUACCACGAGAUCCGGUGAUGUGGUCUACACUGGCAGGAAGGAGAGCACCACCACCAAGGCCAGUGGUGAAGAUGUUGGUUCAAGCCCACAGACAAGAGCCACAAAAUGUCCAGCAGAAGAGCCUGCUUCAGCCUGGGCCCCAUCCCCACCACCAGUCACUGCAUCCUCCUUGAAAGAUGAGGAGGAAGAAGAAGAAGAAGGAGACAAAAUAAUGGCAGAACUCCAGGCAUUCCAGAAGUGUUCCUUUAUGGAAGUAAAUUCAAACAGUCAUGCUGAGCAGUCCCGGGCUGACAGUCACGUUAAAGACACUAGGCCAGGCGCCACAGUGCCACCCAAGGAGAAGAAGAAUUUGGAAAUUUUCCAUGAAGAUGUACGGAAAUCUGAUGUUGAAUAUGACAAUGGUCCCCAAAUGGAAUUACAAAAGGUUUCUGCAGGGGCUUUAAGACCUAGUGACCCUCCUCAGUGGGAAAGAGGAAUGGAGAAUAGUAUUUCUGAUGCAUCCAUAACAUCAGAACAUAAAACUGACAUCUUAAUGAAGGAAAAUUCCAUUUCCAAUAAGAAUUUAUUCAGAGACAGUAGAAACUAUUCCCAGAAAAAUAUGCCAAAGGUCAGUUUCAGCUUCUCUGGAAUGAACUCAUUAGAAGAUGAAAUAAACAAAGGGCCCCAAGUCUCAGGACUACAGUACCCUCUACCUGACCCUGAGAAUCAGAAGUUGAAUUACGGAAAGACAAAGGAGAUGGGUGAACAAGGACCCGAAAAUACAGAUAAGUGUCACGUUCCCUCCCCUGCCAGGUCAACAGAAUCGAAUAGUCAUGACAUCAGAACACAAGAUCAAGAUGGGCUCAUGACAGAUAUCAGCCAAGUUGUUCUAAGACCCAAAGGGACGAGGCAUGGAAACCUGAAUCCUCCUGAUGAUGGAGACUCAAUUCCAGGUUCUCCCACUGAAGAAAAUUCAGCCACUGACAACAUCGCCUUCAUGAUCACCAAAACCGCUGUCCAGGUGCUGUCCAGCGGGGAGGUCCAUGACAUAGUGAGCCAAAAGGGACAAGAUGUGCAGACAGUCAAUAUCGAUACCAAGAAAGAGACGACCUCCCGCCCAGAGGUGACUGAAGGCRAAGAGCCGGUCGUGUGCCUAGACAAGAAACCAGUUAUCAUCAUUUUUGAUGAACCCAUGGACAUCCGGUCUGCAUAUAAGAGACUUUCCACCAUCUUUGAGGAAUGCGAUGAGGAAUUGGAGAGAAUGAUGACGGAAGAAAAGAUAGAGGAGGAGGAAGAGGAGGAAAAUGGAGACUCCGUAGUCAAGAAUGACGCUUCCCACAUGUUUCCUACGCAGGUUGCCUCAGGAAGUCUGAGUGAGGGACAGCAGACAGAGAUGAUAUCGAAGCCACUCUCCCUAUCAGCAGAGACCAAGCCCCCAGCAGGACAGGCCAUGAACCCAACAGAGCCGUGCAAGUUGAGCCUGACAGAUUCUCCAGAUUCCGAAAGCAAAGGGGACGUGGCCGAUGACCAAUUUGAAAGCCCCAAGAAAAAAUUUAAAUUCAAGUUCCCUAAAAAGCAACUUGCUGCUCUCACUCAGGCAAUCCGCACGGGAACCAAGACAGGCAAGAAGACCCUGCAGGUGGUGGUCUACGAGGAAGAGGAAGAGGAUGGCACUUUGAAACAGCACAAAGAAGCCAAGCGAUUCGAAAUCACCAGGUCUCAACCUGAAGACACCCCGAAAAAUAUGGCCAGGAGACAGGAGCAACCCAGUUUAGAGAGCACAGUUCAGGUUUCAAGAACUGAUGAAAUUAGGAAAAAUACCUACAGAACAUUGGACAGCCUGGAGAAGACCAUCAAACAGCUUGAAAGUACGAUCAGUGAAAUGAGUCCCAAAGCCUUAGUGGAGACCUCGUGUUCCUCCAACAGAGAAUCUGUUGCAAGCUCACCCCACACAGCCCACGAGGCCCCUCCCCGAAACUUGCUAGUUYUGGAUGAAGCCCCCCCUGCCCUAGAGCCCCCCACGUCAGUAUCUUCAGCUUCACGUAAGGGCUCCGGAGGGACCCCACAGACGAGCAGGAUGCCCGUCCCUAUGAGUUCCAAGAAUAGACCCGGAAGCCUGGACAAACCUGGCAAGCAAUCCAAACUGCAGGAUCCUCGCCAAUAUCGUCAGGCUAAUGGAAGUGCUAAGAAAGCUGUUGGGGACUGUAAGCCUACUUCCCCCUCCUUACCUGCUUCUAAGAUUCCAGCCCUUUCCCCCAGCUCUGGGAAAAGCAGUUCUCUGCCCUCUUCUAGUGGUGACAGCUCUAACCUUCCUAAUCCGCCUGCUACUAAACCAUCGAUUACUUCUAACCCUCUCAGCCCUCAAACAGGACGAUCCGCUCACUCCGCCUCCCUCAUCCCUUCUGUCUCUAAUGGCUCCUUAAAAUUUCAGAGCCCCCCUCACACAGGUAAAGGUCACCACCUUUCAUUCUCACUGCAGACUCAAAAUGGCCGAGCAGUCCCUCCUUCCUCUUCCUCCUCCUCCCCUCCCUCCCCUGCCUCCCCGACCUCCCUCAGCCAAGGUGCCAAAGGCAUCAGGACCAUCCAUACUCCCAGCCUCACCAGCUACAAGGCACAGAAUGGAAGUUCAAGCAAAGCCACCCCUUCCACAGCCAAGGAGACCUCUUAAAGGCCAAAUCCUGUUAGGCCCAAGUCGGAGUUACAUAUUUUGUUUUGUUUUGUUUUUUUCAUUUUUAGCAGUCUGCAACAACUGUUUUCACAAGAGAAUGUAAUAUAUUGCUGUACUGUUUGAGGCUUAAUGACAAGUAUGUGCUAAAUACUGGAUUAAUAGAUCUCGGUAAAGCUUGUUUGUUUUUUACUUUGUUGUUGUUGUAACUACGUAGUGUUUACUGUCUAGAAUGAGACCUGUCAAAUGGAGUGAGCAUGUUGCUACCAAAAAGAGAGUUUGGGGAGCGGACAGGGUGUGUGAGAGAUGGGGGAAACUGUAUUAAGCAUGUAAAACAUGUAUGAUUCCAGAACUUUAGUAUGUUUUGUAUAAAAAUAUUUUUCAUUACGGAGACUAGAAGUGAACAGAGAAAUACACAAGUGUGACUAUAUAAAUUGUAAAACAGAUACUAUAAUAUUUCCUUUUAUUUUAGUGUUAUUUAGCUUUAUUACAGAUUUCUAUUUUUGUCAAAACUUCAUGGUUCCUUUCAAGAUCUUUUUUGCCAAAACAUUUUGAUACUAUAGCAUUGUACAUUUGAAAGUAGUGUGCUAGACUCUAAGCCAAUGAACUUCUAYGUAAGCCAAUAGGGAGGCUUCUGUAGAAAGCAGUUUAUCAAAACUAUUGCACUGCCAUUAAAAGUAUGUAUAAUAAUUUGCUAGCCCAAGCAAGCUUGUUUUCUUUGCUUUUUUUUUUUUCUUUUCUUUUUGUUUUUCUCUUAAACAUGUUGAGAUUCUCUGGUUGUUUUCUUUACAGUAUCUAACCCCUUCCUUCGUUUUCUGAGACCUGGUAACCCACACUAUUGCAUUGUGGAUUUUAAAAUGUACACUUCUGUACGGUUCUGUAAACUGAUCAACUUUUGUAAAUAUAUAAAUAGACAAAAAUACUGUAUGUGAUAGCACAUAGAGUAGUUUUCCCACACCAAAGUUAAUUUUUAUGCAUGCUUUAAGAAGAUAUAUUGGAAUGGGCAGAAAUGGGGCUAUCCAUACAUUUUUAAAAAGCAACGAGUUUGCACAGCUAGAGUGUUUUGUAAAUAAAUGUAUUUGUAUAACACAGUCAUGUAAUAUACAGAACUAUGAGCAGAGACUUUGCAAAACUAAAUAAAGGGCUGCAUGCUUAUUA